CACCCACCUCCGACAUCGGCUGAUUUGGGGCAUUUUCGUCGAUGGGAUCGUCGUUGGGAACGUUCCCGAGCUUGCAGUUUGUCGGUGGCUGCAGCUGCUGAGAAUUAGCCCAGUGUCGCUGGUGUAGUCCUACUAGUGAUAUUCGUAGCAGCACAGUGAAGUGGAGAACAAACGGCUGAGAGAGCUAGAACAGUAGCUCGAAGAAUCCCAGCGCAGGGUCUCAAACUUGGCUUGCGUUGGGCGGGCAAGAAAAUUCAUUCAUGGUCUCGCGGAAAGGUGCCUUGUGCGCGGAGCCUUGACGUGCGGUGAUUCAUCGAGGUACCGAUCGCUAGCGCUGCCGCGGCGGUGAAGCGUUCAAUAAACAUGGACCCCGAUGUGGUCUGCGAAGGCUAUCUCCUCAAACUGCCGCACACCGGACUGGGAAGGACCUGGAACAGGCGCUAUUUCGUGCUGUGGAGGGCGUCGCACCUGGGCAGCGCUCGGCUGGAGUACUUUGCCGACGAGCGGGCGUACCAUAACCAUGCUAGCAAGAAAGCACUUCAGCUGCGGUUCUGCGAGUAUGUUGCACAGGUCACAGACAAGGCAAAGCCGUUUGUGUUUGAGAUGAAGGUGGAGCAAGCUACGCAUCGCAUGGCGGCUAACUCCCAGGAAGAACUGAACACUUGGCUUGAUAUGCUUCAACGAGGCGUAGCCAAAGCACAGGGAGUGGUCAACGACACAAGCACAAUGGGUACGGAGUCUCGCUUUGCCGACCCAGGCGCCGGGUUCAGUUUCGUGCCCGUCGGGGACGCAAAUGCUGACCCGAUGCAGUGGGGAUCGGGUUACGCCGCUCCCCCCGCUGGCCAGGCCCAGUCCUUCUCUUCACCAACGUCACCUCCGCUGGCUGCCGAUGAUCCGUUUGCAGCUGGAGCAGCCACAGGUAUACGGGAGAACAUGGCGUACGAAUCCGGCGUUGCUGAUGGCAGGUUCAGGGUUCAUGUUGAGCCCACGGCUGCAUCACAACAGUUCGGAUUCUCCGGCGAAUACACAUUGAUCGUAUCCAGCAUCUCACUUCAACUCAUCGGUGUCGUCACUAAUCAAGUUAUUGCAACAUGGCCACUGCGCUACCUGCGUCGGUAUGGUCGGGAAGAGCGGACUGUGAAGUUCACGUUCGAGGCUGGCAGAAAGUGCCAAGCUGGCCCCGGUGCAUUUGAGCUGAAGACCACAGCAUACAAUGAAAUCUUCACACGGGUGGACGGGCACAUCAAAGACAUGGAGAGAGAUAAGAAAGCAGGCAAUGCACUACACCAGGGCAACCUCUCCACCCCUGCUGGUCGAGUCACCCAGCAACAGCAACAGCAGCCACAACUGAUUUCACCUCCCACCUCACCAGGCUGGCAACAGCAACAACAGCAGCAGCAGCAAUUCCACCAGGCUCAGCAGUUUCAGCAGCAGCAACCGCAGUCCCGCACGCUGCAGCAGCCGCUAGCGCCCAACGUCCCGAAAGCUCCCAGUCGCGGGGGAAGCCUCAUGCGGCCGUCUGGACCAAUAAUUGACGACGACGAAGAAGAAUACACGGAAGCGCGUCCGUUCCAGCCGACACGACAGAGCCGCGCUGCGCCUGGUGUGCCAUCAUCUGCUCUUCCUGCUCUUCCGGGUGAAGAUGGUGGUGGGGUUGGUGUUGGAGGUGGUCUUCCACCCAAACCUCAACCCCGUGGUAGCAAUCAAACUCUUCCCAAACAGCUCGCAACUAUAGAUUCAAGCGAAGCUAUCGACACGGAGGAGCAAUACGACACCGCAGCGGCAAUAGCAGAGCACGGGGGAACACUACCUGCUCCCAGAACGGCGUUCAAUGACAGGCAGCGCAAUGUUGCCAUGGCAGCUGCUGCAGUCGCCGCCGGCAACAGUCGUCAGUCAGCGUCGCUGUCGACGGCCUCACACCAGCUCGGAGAGAUUGAAGUGGUACCGGUCGGGAGCCAUUAUAACCAAUUGCGGAGGCCGAGCGCUGACGAUGUCGGCAAUAGUGCUGCUGUCGUGGGUGGUGGUGCUAACAGCAUCACCAGGGCGGCACCACCGCCGCAGACCAGGUCUCAACCGCACUCUCGUCGCGGCUCUGACACAGCUGCAUCCGUCACCACCGGCAACAGGGCUCCGCCGUUGCCAGAGCAACCAAGCGCAACAACGCGUACAUCAGGAUCUGCCGGUGGCGUUGCCGGACAGAUGGGAGCGAUGAACCUCGGUGGGAAUACUGGCAGCGAUGCCGGGGAUGGCUACCACCGCUCUAUGCACCCGACCAGCACCGAGAUGACCCCGCACACGGCCGCCGGCCCUUACAGCAACACGCUGCCGAGCGACGCGCCGCGCAGAGUCAAGGUGGAGCACUUGACCCUCACGCCCGGUCAGGCCGGCUCUGACCCGUACAGUCGGCUCAUGCAGCAAACGUCGACAUUCGGUGGCGGUGGUGGUGGAGCGUAUGACAAUCCGAGAGAAACUGGUGCUACUCCAGCUGCGCCCUAUGGAAACAUCGAUGCAGCUGCAAGGCAGGACCCUAACGUGUUUGUUCCUGAUCCCUAUGACAACCCACGGACGUUUAAGGAGGCACCUUCAAGGAGCAAUGCGGAACCAAAUCCCUUUGAUGAAUUUGACCAGCAGCAAGGUGAUGCUCCCCUCCCUCCGCGGCCGCCUAAACCAGGCCCAGCUUCACCUAGCUCUGUAGCACCUAGUAAUGCAGCCAUGGGUGGCAUGCCGAUAGUUGACCUGGAUUACGAGGGUGGCCAGGAUAUCAGCUUCACGGCUCCUCAGUCACACGCUGCGGGUACUUUCAGUGCUACCCAACCAACCUCCGUGUCAAUGAACCCCAUCGCUAGUCUGGACUACAUCAACCAGGACGGAAAUGCCGACAUCCAGGCCGAUUACGAUCCCGUGUCUGAAAGUCAAGGGCAACGCGAGAUUAUCGACUAUGACGAUGUGCCCGGCGGACCCCCAAGUCACUUUGGAAUUGAAGAGGAAGAGGAACUGGAAGAGUAUGUGGAGGGAUUCCAGGCAAUGCCGCCUCCAAACCGUCCCAGGGCGCCUUAUGACCAUGUCCAGCAUCGGGCGUAUUAGCACGGCACACGGCGAGGUGGAGCAGAGGCUGACCGAGCAUGCCGUAACGAUUUGUUGCCUCGUUUGACCGCGUCUUCUGCGAAAGGAGGAAAGUCGCCGUGCAAGUCGUAUGUGCCCAGGACACUGGUCCCAUGCAAUGCUGCUGUGUAUCACCUCCUGACAGGCCACGAUAACAUCUUUGAAAUAGCUCUCCGCUUGGGAUCUCUUCAAGGAUCCUCGAAUUGUGGUGGUGUUCCUACGGAUGCGGAAAACUGGCCUCUAGCCGAGUCUGACGCGAACCGUGAAAUCUUUUUUUGUUUUUGGGGUCUCUCCUUUAGUUCUCCCUUUUUUUUUAAGAACCCAUGUUUGGACAUCUCUGUAUGCGCUGCCUACACUCCUAUUCUUUGAUUCCGUAUUUCUUUUGCCUCGUAGUGAGCAUAGCAGCAUAGCAAGUUUCUCGGACAACUAAAAACGGUGCUACUAUCCGCUGAUAAUCUUAAUAAUUAUAAUGACAAUAUCGUGAAUGAUGUCAUCACUGGCAUUAUCAGCGCUACAUUGUGUAUUGCUUUCCGUCCUUGUACGAGCCCGUUUUUUAAAUACAUUUGUCCCAUGCGAUGUUGACAGACUUUCACAGUUAAUGGUUUUUGUCACUAGUUACAUGUCCAUCUUGCCACUUAUGCCCUAUAAGUAAAGCAUAGCCUUGUAAAACAAUACUGCAUACUUGUGGAUUUUCAAAAGCGCUGGAUCUUAUAGCUUUGGAGCGUUGGAUUCAGAUUUAGAUCCCUUCUUUCUUUCGUUUAAUAAUUAUUUUAAAUUUUCUCCCUCAACUCAGAUGGUGAGCCAGCGUAUC